AUGCAUAAAAUUGCGUUAUGGCCCUGGUUAGCCAUAGCCUGGAGAUGGAGAACCGUCAUUAUAUUGAAUUUGUUAGCACAGAGCUGGUGCGCCGCCUCUGUCCCGCCAAGUGGUUCAAAAACAAACGGUGGAAGUAGCGGCAUCGACGAUGAGGGUGGCGGACAGGACGGGGUGCUGGGCGGGGCGCCACCACCCAUCUACACCGAGCGGCACACCAUCACAUCGACCGAGGAGGCCAUUGAGGACUCGCUGCAAACCAUUCACGACAUCGCGACGGAAAACCUGGGUGCCCUCUGUCUGACGAAGUUGUACCGACCGCUCAAGGUAACGCUCAACCCAGAACGCUACACUGGCGCUCGUCAGAAAGCCGAUCUGGCUGCCGUUGUCCUGCAGGAUGUGGGUGUUUCACGCCACAACGGUCUUCUGGACGCGCUAGCAAAAGGGCUGCUCUCCGAUGCGUACGUCACCAGUGCCCGUAUCCUGUCGAUCAACGUGACGGAUGGGCUGCUCACGAACUCGGUCUGGUGGAAUAAAGAACCAGGCGGAAUGGGUGCACCACUUCGGAUCGAAGCCGAGGGUAUUGCGAUCGGUACCAAACCCGAUCCCACUUAUCCAUGGUUUGAGGAUGAGACGUCCUCACCGGGUUUACGAUCGCCCAAGUUCACACCACCUCCACCGGACAUUGCAUAUCGCGGAUGGUGGACAUAUCCGUACUACUCGUGUGGCCAGAAAAAGUGGAUCCUGUCGUACAGCGUUGCAAUCCCACCGAUGGGCCGGCACGGUAUCCGCGGGUUUCUUAGCAUCGACAUCGACAUCAGCGAUCUGCAGGUGAAUCAGUGCAACAACCCGAACCGCUUCGAGAUCCUCAGCUACAAUCAGCACCUGCGGCAGUACUACCCGUUCGUGCGUAACCUCAAGCUCGGCGAGGACGAACAGUUGCGUCAGAUCGAGGCGUUCCAUGGUUCGCACAAGUGCCACGUCCACAGCAUGCGCUGCGAGUACCGACCAGUCGUAACCAGCGUCAUCAGUGCGGCCUCACUAACCUCCAGUCCGAAUGGUAGUGCCAAUGGUAACGGUAGCGGUUUGUUAGCAACUGGUAACGCCCUGCAGACGGUAGUCAACGGUUGGACACGUGGUGCGUACUGGUGCCGGUGCAAGGACGGUUUCUACUCGUUCCGCCAUCCCGAGGGCUUUAACGGGAGCAUCAUGGAGGUGGCGUACCAGGAGUACCGGGACAACAUCAGCUCGUACUACAAGGACGUGUUCGUUUGCGUUCGCUGUGCACCCGGUUGCGCCACCUGUACCGGUCCGCAACCCUGUUUGGCGAGCUACAAUUGGGCUUUCAGGACAACACUGCUCACCUUCUCCAUCAUGUGCGCCGGGUUUACCGUCGUGCUCGCACUGUACAUGUAUCAGCACCGGAAGGUGAAAGUGUUCAAGGUGGCCAGCCCGAUCUUCCUCACCAUCACGCUGCUCGGUUGUGCCUUCAUGUACCUGGAGAUGGCGGCCAUCUUCCCCAUCCUCGACACCUACUCGUGCAUCGCGACCAAGUGGACGCGCCACAUGGGCUUCUGCGUGACGUACACGGCGCUGCUGAUGAAGACCUGGCGCGUUUCGCUUACGUACCGCGUCAAAUCGGCACACAAGGUGAAGCUCACCGACAAGCAGCUGCUCCAGUGGAUGGUCCCGAUACUGCUGGUGAUGUUCAUCUACCUGGGCACCUGGACGCUGUCGGCGCCACCAACCGCCGAGAAGAUCGAGGACCAGUACGGAUUGAUAUUCAAGCAGUGCUCGUACAACUGGUGGGACCACAGCCUGGCCAUCGGUGAGGUGCUGUUCCUUGCCUGGGGAAUACGCGUCUGCUACAACGUGCGCAACGCCGAAUCGCUGUACAAUGAGGCGAAGCUCAUCUCGUACGCCAUCUACAACAUCGCACUGGUCAACACGACCAUGGUGGCGUUUCACUUGUUCAUUUUCCCCCAGGCUGGGCCGGAUAUUAAAUACCUGCUCGGGUUCAUCCGAACGCAGCUUUCCACCUCGGUUACGAUAGCGCUCGUCUUCGGUCCGAAGGUCCUGCGGAUCCUGCGUGGCCAGGGUGACCAGUGGGACCAGCGGGCACGGAAACGUGGCAUCACCGCGUCCUUCUCGCUCAACGGUAUCGGGCUGGUACCGGAGGAAACUGCCGAUCUGUACCAGGAGAACGAAGAACUGAAGGAAGAAAUUCAGAAACUCGCUGCUCAAAUUGAAUUCAUGAAAAUUGUUCACAUGGAAAUGAACAAUCGCCAUCUGAAGCCGAAACCGGGCGGUUACUUCACCAUGAAGAGCCCGCUUGGUAAAUCCUUCGGUGGUGGAGCAGGCGGGGGAGGUAUAGGAGGGGGCAGUGGUAGCGGUUCGCACCGGCACAAGCACCCGAAGGACGAUUCGGUGAAGGAACACAGCGGCAUCACGGAGGACGGACACAGCGGUACCAACAGUUGCUACUCGGGAACAGCCAACUCGAUCGGCUUCACAUCGCAACCGACGACCACGGCAAACAGCAACAGCGGCACGACCGAGAAGGUAUGA